AUGCCAGUCCAGGAAGAUUUGAACUCGGCAAGUGAGGAGUCGGUUCCUCUGAAUGCCGACUACUAUUUGAGUUACCUGGAUGAAAAGCAGAGGGAGGCAUACGUGUCGAAGAAUAUCACCAUUCCAUUGAAGGAAGAAGGCGAAGAGGUUGUCAUUGACACUAUCAGCGAUCUUCCAGAGGACUCUAGCGAAUUGUGUGCUCUUUUGACCAACGAGGAGUCUAGCACGAAACAUUGGCUAGUUGUGGCCAAAGCGUACGCCAGUCGGGGAAAAAUUGACGAGUCUCUCAAUGUCAUCAAAAAUGCGCUCGACUCACCUACAAUUAUGGACGCCACGGGAGACGUCCAGUCCACAUUGCAUGGAUUUUUGGCCUGGUUGUAUCUCACCAGAGAGGGCAAGAAUAGCGGACUGAUUUCGUACGACUUGGCCACGAAGGAGACGGAAACCGCCUUGUCGCUAGAUCCGACCAACGAACUCACACUCAUGUCCCAGGCCUUGCUGCUUCUUUCUUCUGACAAGCAGAAAACCAAACAAACGAAUUUCGAAAAGGAAUCCAGAUUGCUGGACAACUUACUGAAGAAGAACCCAAAGAACUGUUUUGCCUUGAUGGCCAAAGCCAAGAUCUUCUUUUACAAGGAAAAGUAUGUCGCUGCGCUAAAAGUUUUCCAAAGAUGUCUUUUGCUCAACCCUCUUCUCAGACCUGAUCCCAGAAUUGGUAUUGGCAUAUGUUACUGGAUGCUGGGCAGAAAGAAGCUUGCCAACCAGGCCUGGCAAAACUCUAUUCAAGUGAAUCCUGAAAAGAAUUUGGAGGCUAAGAUUCUUAUUUCGAUCGCCAAAUUUGAUGACUGUUUCACCAACUCUGUCUCUGAUUCCGACUUCAAAGAGAAGUACGUUUUGGCGUUGGAGUUCGCCAAGGCUUCGCUGAUUGACGACCCGACAAACGGUGUGAUUUUGUUGAUCCUAGCCUCAUUCUACUUCUCCAAAGAGGACUAUGCAUUGGUUCAGAAGAUAUGCGACAAAGUGUCCAAAGACACGAGGUUCUCCAAUCAAAUCAAAAGUGACGCUCUUCUUUGGCUCGCCAGAUGCAAGUAUGCACAAAAUGACGUCCUAGAGGCUCAGAAGCUGUUCAGCAGUUCCAUCAAAUAUAACGAGAAUAAUUUGCUCUCUAGGUACGGUUAUGGUCAGUGCUUGAUUGUGAGAAAUGAAAUCAACGACGCCAUCAGAGCGUUCGAGAAACUGCAGGAGUCUCAUCCUCGUGUUUUGGAGGUCACUUUCGCGCUUGGCAUGCUUUACAGCAGGAACCCAAAACAAGCCGAUAAGGCAACAACGUUCUUGGAGAGAUACGUUUCUCUUGCAAAAGAAUACAAUGAGCCAUUGAACUCCGCAGCCCUAAUCACUUUGGCAAGAAUAUACGAGGAUAGAGAUAUUUCCCAGUCUUUGAAGUACCUCAUGCUGUUGAAAGAUCAGGAAAUCAGCUUGGGGAAAACAGAGGCGGACUUGUCUUAUGCACUACUCAAUAACAUUGGAGUGCUAGGACUGUUGAAGAAUGACGGUGACUCCCUGUCGUACUUCGAAAAUGCUCUCAAAGCCUUGGAGUCUCAAAAAGAGGAAGGAAUUUCGAGAGAUGCCAUCAGGCUCAUCCUCGAGUAUAACGUUGCUCGUUGCAAGGAGUCCCAAAACGACGUCGAGACUGCCAAGAGCAUGUACCAGAGGAUUUUGCAGGAGUGUCCUGGUUACAACAGUGCCAAACUCAGAUGGCUCCUUCUGACGUGCUUGUCUGACAAGGAGGACAUUCAUGAAGAGCUUGCUGAACUGUUAGCAGACUCUCCUGACGAUCUUGAAGUUAGAUCUUUCUACGGAUGGUACGUCAAGAAGUUCGGUAAGAAGUACAUGGCUACAAAAGGUAAGGACAUUGAGAGUGAACAUCACAGAGAAACUCUAGUUAACCACACCUCCCACGACUGUUAUGCUCUGACAUCGCUGGGUAAUGUCUAUUGCACUCUUGCCAGAGAGUCCAAGGACGCGCAAAAAAAGGAUCAAUACUACAUUCGUGCAGCCCAGCUCUACCAAAAGGUCUUGUCCAUUGAUCCAAAGGAUGCAUAUGCUGCGCAAGGCAUUGCGAUCAUUUUUGCCGACAAGAAGCAGGUCGGAAUCGCUCUAGAGAUAUUCAGAAAGGUGAGAGAGUCUUUGCAGGACAUCUCUGUCUACAUAAAUCUGGGCCACUGUUUCUUGGAAGCCAAGCAGUUUGCGAAGAGCAUAGAAAGCUACCAGCUGGCUCUUACUCGGUACACGAAUGGACAGGACGCCAAUAUUUACAAUUUUAUCAGCAGGGCUUGGCUGUACAGGGCAAUGGCUGAGAAAGUGUUGGAGUACUUCAAGACGGCACUUCAGUUCGCGGAGAAGGCGUACAAGAUCAACGGAUUGCCCUCAAUCAAGUUCAAUAUUGCGUUUGUUCACUUCCAGCUUGCAGAGUUUAUGAGAAAGCAGCCUCCUACGAAGAGAACGGUUGCCGACUUGGAGGAAUCGAUGGUUGGGCUGGUCCAGGCUAUCAAGUCCUUGAAUGAGCUGGCCACCGAUGAAAAGCAUCCUCCAUUCCCUGCUGAAGAGUUGAAAUUGAGAGCGAAUAUGGGUAAUACUCUUAUCAAGCAACUGGAGAAAGCUAUUGCGGAGCAGAAGGACUAUGAAGGUGAGGUCGAAAACAAAAUUCGUACCGCGAAGAAACAGAAGAUACUUGAGGAGCAGAGGAAGCAGGAGCAAAGGGAGAAAGAACUGGAGGAGCAACGCAAGCUGGAAGAAAAACGUGCUGAGGAGAGGAAGCGGCUUGAAGAGACCGCCAAGGAGUGGAAUCAGCAGCGUCUUGAGGAGGACAAGGACAACAGAGACGAGCUGGAUGUGACUUCCGAGGAAAAACCGAAGAAGAAACGCGGAGGACGUAAGAAGAAGAAGGAGUUUGUUGUUGAAAGUGAGGAUGAGGAGGAAGAAGAGCCUAACAAGGAGGAAAGCGAAGACGACAAGAGCGAUGCCGACCUUUUCGACGAGGAAAGCGAGGACGAAGACAAGAAGCGCAAGGCUGAAGACGGAGACGAAAACGAAGGGGAGAGAAAGAAGUCGAAGACUGAGGAGACUAAGCUAGACGACUUGUUCGAGUAG